CCUACAGAAACCGAUCUUCUCUCUUCCUGUCAUUUACUUCCUUGUUAAGAAAUGGCUACGUUUUCUGAGAACCCGGAAUUAGAGGCUCUAAGACACAGGUUUAGACAGCAAGCAGCGUUACUAUUGCAGGCUUCACCAUCUGCAGAUGGUCCGCCCAGCUGGACCGACAUCGGUUCAGAUGAUGACAAAAAGAAAAACGAAAAGCCUCUUCCUCGAGUCAACUUUCAUUCAGUAUUCUGGAUUUUGGUUUCCGCAGUAGUGACGUACUAUACUGAUUUUAUUACAGUGAUUAAAGCAAGUGAACAUGUACAAAGCUGGUGGUUUCUUCUUGGCAGCUGUUUACUUGCCAUUAGCUUAAUGAUUGCCUUCUACUGCAUAAUUUACCUGGAAUGUCUAUGUGGUGUCAAAGAUUACGAUUCACAGUACCCUGCAUUAGUACCAUCAGCAACAGCUGCAUUCAUUGCUGCAGCCAUUUGUUUUAACAUUGCCUUAUGGUCUUUAUGGUCCUUCCUGACUCCGCUUAUAUUAUUCACUCAGUUCAUGGGAAUGGUAAUGCUCAUCUCUCUCCUUGGAUGAUUUGCUUUUAGUAAAACUGUGGCAUGAAAACUACCGUGUGCCGCAAUGCUACUACAUGGACAUUAGGACUUUAGAAGGAUAAUCUGAAGAUCAGUGUUUUACCUGUCUAUUUUUAUUAAGAGUUCAUAUCUGCUAAUUUAAAGUUUAAUGUAACAUAUUUUACAUUAUUAAAAUUUUCUAAGAUAA